UUUCAUAAAUUGUAGCAUAGCAAAGGAACAUUGCCCCUCUAACAUACAGAUUUACAUUAGUUAUUGGUGUGGGCUUUAUGAUGGCAGCCAUUCUCAGGGUAACGUUAAAGCAAGUGAUUUUGUUCUUACUGGUGGUAAACUUCAUCUCUCCUGCUUUUUCACAUACUUACAGCACUGACCCAUGGCAACGACAACUUCCAAACCGAAUGCCCCAAAUUGGCAAUCUGCCCUUUAAACAGCAUCAACGUCACCAACAAACCAUUUCCAGACCAGUUCCAGUGAAAACUGUCACUGUGACGUGCUUUUCAGACUACAUGGAGAUAGUCGUGAAUGCUGAUUUGUUUAAAAUUGGUAUGCUUAUCGACAUGGCUGACCUGCGCCUUGGCGUUGAACAGUACCAAGCUCAAGAGUCCUGUAGGGCUACAGUUUCAGCAGCCGGAGAUGAGUACAGAAUAUUUGCAGCACUAUCGGACUGUGGAACCAAGCACAUGUUGAACGAAGACUCCUUGAUCUACACAAACCUCCUCAGAUAUACACCCAGAGCCACACCAGAGGGGGUUAUCCGAAUGGAUGGCGCUGUAAUCCCAAUUGAGUGUCACUACGAAAGGAAGUACAGUUUGAACAGUGUCUCUCUCCAGUCGACCUGGAUCCCCUUUACUGCCACAGUGUCUGCUGAGGACACCCUGCAGUUCUCCUUGAUGCUCAUGACAAGUGACUGGCUUUAUGAGCGGGGUUCGGGAGUCUACUUCCUGGGUGAUCCCAUCAACGUGGAGGUGUCUGUCAGGCUCGCUCACCACACCAGGCUCAGGGUCUUUGUUAGCAGCUGCGUGGCAACACUGGACCCUGACUGGAACUCUGUCCCCAGAUACAUCUUCAUUGAGAAUGAUGGGUGCUUGAUGGAUUCCCUGUUGCCUGGCUCCAACUCCAGGUUCAUGCGUAGAACCCAGGACGACAAGCUCCGGUUCCACAUUGAUGCCUUUAGGUUCCAUCAGGAGGACAGGGCGGAGCUGUACAUCACGUGCCACCUUAUGGCAGUACCUGUCAUGGACCAUGCAGAACCUAGCAACAAGGCAUGCUCCUUCAUCGAUGGCAGGUGGAAGUCCGCCGACGAGAAUGAUUUGUUAUGUGGCCGUUGUCCAAGUCUGAAUAGCCAUAAGGGGGUCGCUCCAGCACGCCGCCCCCUCAGUGAAAGAGUAGGCAGUAGCCCACCUGAACCUCCUGGUUACCACAGCAACCCCCCAGCCUCUGGCGACCACUGGCGGAGUGGGAUGAAGACCAACAAAGUGUGGCAACAGUAUGCUACUUUGGGCCCCGUGAUUGUCUUCCCAACCAAACAGAAGGGUACACUUCUAUCACCACGGACGAAGGAAGGUGUCCAUACACAUGGCUUACCCUCCGCUACAGACAACGCAAGGCCUGUAUCACCUAGCAGUCAUUGGAAGAGUGGCAUGGACUUCAAGAGAGGACCUUAUUUUGGCCAGUCGCAAAAUGCGGGUAGUCAUGGACCCAAUAAACAUGGUUUCGUUAGCUCUGCAACGUAUGAUGGCAUCAGGCAGAAAGAACUGAUUGAGCGAAGAGAGCUGGAGCCCACCCCAGACCCUCAGUUGAAUUCUACCCCUGAGCCCAUUGGAGCAAAGAUUACCACAGAGAAAGAGGGUCUGAUUCAAGAGACGGAUGACAAGCCUUUAGUACAGAAGCAUAAUGACCUGGAUCGGUGGAACUCAUGGUACUAAUUUUGAGGGAAGGAUCCUGCUCAUGACACUUUGGUAAGCAGAACUGGAAGUUGAUGUUGCUGUGGUGACCACUUUUGGUCUAGCAGCACUCCCAACUCAGAGGAUGCAAGUUCUUGAGUCCCAGCACAAGGUUGAGCCUACAACUACCAAAUUACCUCCGCAGUAUCCCCACAUCUACUCCUGAUGUGGUGAAAUAUGCUGAGAACUCAACCUGUGAGACCAAACACUAAGGGGACACUCAAAGGAACACGAUCAACCCAAGCGGUGGCUGUCAACCUCACGAAAUAAAUUCACGCUACUUUGAC